UCAGUUUCGUACGAAACGUCGUUCCGGGCAGGGAGUAUCGACGCGCAUUCGAUUCGCGUCGCUUUUUUCGCUCACGUAAUAUAAACCAACCGACACACUCGCGUUCUUUGUUUUCUUGUGUUUAAUACACAUUUAAAAAAAAAAUUGAAAAAAACAUUACUUAUAUCGGGUCCUUUGAUGUAUCGAAAUUAUGAGGAGUGUUAAAUGGUAGUUUCGUGGUUUUUAACUAUCGCGAUUAAGUGCUUUUUUUAAGAUGUUUUGGGAGAAAUUAACUUUUUAAGUGGUUUUUGACGAGGAUGGACUGUUAAUUGUGUUCUUUUUUUUGCUAUUGGAAACUUAUUGUGAGGAGGAGGAUAAGUUAAGGGAUACAAGGAAAUGGCAGGGUUACGUUGUACUCACUGGGAAAUGAUUCUCACUUUGCUGUUUUUAUCAUUUUUGUUUGGAGUGAGAUGCGGAGGUACAUAUUACGGACAGUACAGGGCCCCACGUAUAACCGAACACCCGUCAGACAUAAUCGUUGCCAAAAAUGAGCCUGUUACGUUAAAUUGUAAGGCUGAAGGUAAACCGGAUCCUUCGAUAGAAUGGUACAAGGAUGGCGAGCUAGUAAAGACUUCUCCUACAGACAAUAAGUCCCAUAGAGUUCUUUUACCUGCCGGAUCCUUGUUCUUCUUAAGGACAAUGAAUAGCAAGAAGGAGCAAGAUGCUGGUGUGUACUGGUGUGUUGCUAAAAAUCUAGCUGGGACUGCUAAAAGUAGGAAUGCCACGUUACAAGUUGCAGUUUUAAGGGACGAGUUCAAAGCGGUACCGACCGAUACAAAAGUAGCCGCAGGAGAAACCGCUUUGCUGUUAUGUGGGGCGCCCAAAGGUUACCCCGAGCCCACCCUACGGUGGAAAAAAGACGGAAAACCUUUGGAAGUGGAUGAUAGACGUAUAAAAAUCAUGGAUGGGGGAAGCCUAAUGAUUUCCGAUGUGAGACAACACGAUGAAGGGAAGUAUCAGUGUGCUGCCCAUAAUUUAGUUGGUUCCAGGGAGUCUCCUGAGGCUGUUUUAAAAGUUUAUGUAAAACCAUUUUUUAACAAGGAACCGCAGGACAUCGAAUCCCUCGCAGGUGAACGGGUCACAUUCAAAUGCCAAGCGGACGGCGAUCCCACCCCCAACGUAAUAUGGCGAAGGGAUGACGGAAAAAUGCCUUUAGGAAGGGUAUCGGUGCUGGAAGACAAAUCACUGCAAAUCGAAAACGUCCAACCUGGUGACGAAGGGUUAUACAUUUGUAACGCCGAGAAUAUCGUCGGGAGUAUUUUUGCGAAGGCAUCCUUGGUUGUUAACUCACCCCCCGUCUUCGUGGAACGACCCAAGGAUCAAAAGGCUUCCCUAAAUGGGGUGGUGGAGUUUCACUGUUCCGCCAUCGGUAACCCCAAACCCUCCGUUUUCUGGAGUAAGGAGGGUUCGCAAAUUUUGAUGUUCAGCGAUAAUUCUAACGGUCAUAUGCAUGUUAACGCCCAUGGAACCUUAAGGAUACAGGGCGUACAAAGGGAGGACGCCGGUUGGUUGGUGUGCAAUGCCCUCAGUGUGGCUGGCUCUAAUAGUGUUCGUGCUUUUUUGCAGGUUACGUCGGUGGCAGACCUACCUCCGCCGAUCAUCCAAAUUGGACCGGCCAACCAAACUUUACCCGUACAUAGUGACGUCACUUUGCACUGUAAAGCUUCUAAUCCUGAGGGUGACCCACCGGUGAUAAGGUGGUUGAAGGACGGUGAUCCCUUAACGGAAGAUCGUAUGCCUAAGAGGUACACCUUGAAGAUGGAUGGUACCUUAGUUAUUGAUGAUCUUAAGCUAGAAGACUCCGGCCUCUACACGUGCUCCGCCACCUCUGAGAGCGGCGAGAGCGCUUGGUCAGCUUCCCUCAACGUUGUGGAGGGCAGCAACUUCCCUUUGCAUCGUAGCCCCGACCCCUCGACUUUCCCCAAAGCACCCUCGCCCCCGGUAAUACUUAACUCCACAGAGUCCAGCAUCAGCCUAUCAUGGGAGGGUGACGAGACCGACUCCACUUUGGUCGGUUAUACGGUGGAGUACUGGAGUCCGGAUUUACAAACUGGAUGGGUCAUAGCUGCCCAUAGAGUUCAGACGCCCUUUAUGGUUGUUAAGGAGUUAAAACCUGAUAGUUCUUAUGUGUUUAUCGUUCGUGCGGAAAAUGCCCAUGGACUCUCUCCAGCCAGUAAAGUUUCACCGACUGCCAGAACGUUGGCUAACUCCCGAACUCUUCCAAACUCCGAGCUGGAUACGGCCAGGGCAGCUUUAAGCACCAAACUCAUUGAACUUCAAGACGCCAGACCUCAAAGUUCCAGUUCAGUGAAACUAUAUUGGUUACUUACCGCCGUGGACUAUGUCGAAGGGUUUUAUAUCAGGUUUCGGGAGUUGUCAGGAGGGUCACAUAACUAUAACAUACUUACAGUAUUGAACAUUGAAACGACUUUUUACACGGUGACCAAUUUAAAGAAGUUUACCAAAUACGAAUUUUUUAUUUCGCCCUUUUAUAAGUCGGUGGAGGGGCAGCCGUCGAAUUCCAGGAUAGCGCAGACGUUGGAGGAUGUACCAUCUGCACCUCCAGAUACUAUUACAGCUGGAUUUUUCAAUAGUACUGCCGGCUGGGUCCGCUGGUCACCCCCACCGCCUCAACACUGCAACGGCAUAAUCACCGGCUACAGAAUCCAAAUUAAAGGCGAAAAAACACGCACUUUUUCCAUGAAUGCUACCACCACGUCCAUUCUCAUAAGUAACCUCACAGCUGGUUCCACUUAUAGCGCUAGAGUGGCUGCAACAACUGGCGCUGGUCAAGGUCCAUAUUCUGCUCCAGUACCACUUCUAACUGCCCCAAGAGCUCAAAGUCCUAGAACCCUGGGUCCAUUCGUUCCACUAGUAAGACAGACCUGGUUUGUGGUUCUUUUGGCAGUAAUUGGAUUGGGUUUACUAUUUGGAGCUGGGGGUUUAUUGUAUAUUAGAGGCAAGAGGUCUAUUACGAAGGAAAUGGGUCAUUUGGACGUGCCAGUAGUAAAUGCGUCACACUUAAACGCCAAAGAGAGUUUAUGGAUCGAUAGAGGAUGGAAGGCGGCCGACUGUGACAAAGACUCCUCGAUCCCCCUCGCUCAACCCACGGAUUACGCGGAAGUAGACACGAAAAACCUCUCGACGUUCUACAAUUGCAAAAAGAACUUGGACAGCCCCACGCCCUAUGCCACAACGAUGCUACUGCCGCCCCCCAGUUGGUCGGAAAUAAUUCCGCCCCCGCCCGACCAUCCGCCCCCGGACUGUCCCAGAGAUGGUCCGUGUCCAUCGAGGAGCGGCGGUAGCAGCACCUGUAGCAGCGGAUACGCCUGCUAUGCGGUCCACGUGCCAAAUCAAUGCAAUAAGGUGGUACCGUUUCCUAGAACUCUCUCGUGCCAUAGCUGUUCCGUAGCUAGCGGAAGUAGCAGCGGGGGACAUCAGCAGCCCAAUAGGGCGGCUAAUAAGCCGAUAGGUGCCGCGGGACAAAGUCAUCCCAAUAACUGUGAUAUUAAAGUCUGGUUUAACCAGAACGUGGCUAGUUGGGAGCCGAAAGGAGAAGAUGGAGAUUGUGAGACUGACAGACAUUCCUGUUCCAGCAGCCACGACACCACAUGUUCCUGUAGUGAGUCUUCGUGUUUAUAUGCUGAAGCGAUCAAUUCGACCACACAAGUGAUGCCAUAUACGAACUGUUACGCGAAGCCACGGCCUAAAUAGGGUCCGAUUUGUAUAUAUUGUGUUAAAACUGUGUUCUAGUUUAAAUAAUGCGCCGGAUUGUGGAUGUUACGGGGAGCAUUUGUGUCUUAUGACAGGAUACGAGGAAUAAAGCAGGGAGCUAAAAUAAAAUCGUCCACGUAAUUUGUAACUUUUUUAAUCUACUUAUUCUCGAUUGCAAUUUAAGUCAUACAAAUGUGUUCAAAAUAUACAGGCCUAUUUAGAGAAAAUUUACUAUUUGUAUACCUACCUGUUGAUGUAACCUUAGUUUCUUUAACUCUGUAUGUGAAGACAGUGUAGUGGUAGUUAGAGGGGUAGUUAUAAGACUGAACCUUCUCUACGUACAUUUUGUAGCAAUAUUAUAUUCAUAUCAAUCUGAUUUUUAAAAUAUCUUAAAGUAGGAAAAAAAAUAGUAGCACAAUAAUUAUUUUGAACUAUUGUAGAACCUAUAUGCUCAAAAUUACUGAUUUUAUAUAACGGUUUUGCAUUACAUAAAAAAUACAUAAUUGGACAAUACGAAUAAUCAAUUAAAUUGCAACCCCUGUAGGGUCAUAUCGAAUUAAUUAAUAUGAAGGAUUAUCAUGGAAUAUAUUAAUUUAUAUAACCUGUAUUAUCAUUUUUAAAAUGUGUAUUAUAUUGUACGAUAAACAAUUUGGUUACAUUAUAUUAAUAUUCAUUAUUAAAAUUCUUUUUAGAGAUCAUGUACAAAGUGUAAAAAAAAUAUUGUAAUAGGAUUUUUAGCCAAUUAUGUAGCAAGUAAUUGUAUGUGUAUUUAGAU